AUGACGGCCGAAGAGGAGGGCAAGGACACGGCGGCGUCGGCGGCGAAGGGCAAGGACACCAGGCGGAGGAGGCACAACCAGGGCAACAGGGAGGAGCCCUACCUGCCUCUCUCCGCGGGUCUCACCGCCGAGUGGGAGCUCGUCAAGGAGUACUUUGGGAUCAAGGAGUCCUUCCCGGAACAGCAGCUGAUGGCCAGGGGCGAGGGCUCUCCGCGGAUCUACUUCCUUUCGUCCGCCGUGAGCAACGUUCUCUGGAGGAACACGAGCCGCUUCAGCAAGGUGGUGAACACGGGCAUUCGCAUGCUGGUGAAGCACGCGCCUCCGGACGCCAAGUGCCACUAUCGCCCGUGCCAGGAGGGUCUCGAAUGGCUGUACCCGUACAUGACCAAGCGGCUGGUCACGGUCAGCUUCGACGACAUGGCGAAGCUGAUUCUCGAGGACACGCCCUUCAUGACCAGCUUCACCCCUGAGACCCAGGCCCAGCUCGAGCCCCUCGGUUCGCCCAUGUUGGCGUGUGGAUGGAAGGCGCGCACGUCGGCCCACCUGCUGGUGGACAAGCACGCGAGGAAGUCCUGGUCCUUCCUCUUCUCGCUCAAGCCGGCUGAGACCACGGCCACCACGAGCACCGCCGUUGCUGGCGAGGCAACCACCACCGCCGAGAGCAGCAGCGUGGCGACGACAUCCUCUUCGGAGGCUGGGUCCACCGACCAGUAA